UUAGUUGGAAACAAAAUCAUAAAUCCAAUAAUCUGUUAGCACAGAUAAAAUACAAUUUACACUUACUAGAGUGAGAAAUUUAAACACAAAAUGGAUAUUACUAAAAAAAUUGAAGAAUAUAGAAAAAAGAAAGCUAAAAUCGUAGAAGAAAAACCAAUCGUAACAAAUGGAGGUGACCAAAAUAAAGAGCACCUUGAAAAGCUUUUAGACACAGAUGAUACCAGUUCGAUACUAUCCGAUGAUCUGCAACACUCUAUCGAGGAAUCCCCUAAUCACUUAACUUUAGCCAACAAGUUAUACUAUGGGUUGUGCUUCCUCUUUUGGAUUGUCCUCUACGUUAUUUUCAUAGAACUACAAUUCGGAACGGUAUUUUUUAUAGUAUCAUGUCUAGUGGGCAUUUACUUGAACACCAGAACAUCUCCCAAAAGAAAGGGAGAAAUCAGCGCCUACUCCGUGUUCAACAAAGAUUGCAAAAGCAUAGACGGAACCCUCAAAGCAGAACAAUUCGAAAGAGAAAUACGUUUCGGUCCCGGGAUGGUUCGUUGACUCCCUAAAAUUACUCAAUUUUAUUUAAACAAGUUCUGUGAUACAAGUGCGUCUGAAUCUGAAUUGUUCUCUGUAGAAUCAUACUUGGCAUAUUUUUUGCAUAUGGGACGAAAUUUCAUUUAAAAAUAGUAACUAAAACAAUUUUAUAUGUUUAGAUAACAAUGUUUAUAAUAUUAGAACGAUGUUGGAAAAUAUAUUUUAAAAUUUUA